AUGUCAGUUACCGGUCCCGCAGCCAAUACAAACGCAAUUUCGCGUUUGUCUGAGUUGGAGCUAAAACGGGGAACUUUAGGGGAGGGAUCAUGGCAUCACCAGUACAAGGAUUCGUGUUACAUUUUCAUAGGAGGCUUAGAUACCAGGAUGACCGAGGGGGACAUUAUUAUUGUUUUUUCGCAGUUUGGCGAUCCAAUUGACAUAAAUUUGAAAAGGGACAAAAUUACAGGAAAAUCGCUUGGAUACUGCUUUUUGGGCUACAGGGAUCAGCGGAGCACCAUUCUGGCAGUCGAUAACUUCAACGGUUCCACUUUGCUUGGACGGAGGAUUCGUGUGGACCAUGUGAUGGACUAUAAGGCGCCCGUUGAAUACGAAGAUGAGCUCGAUGAGGAGGGAAAUAAGAUUCCCAAGGAGUACAAGCCCACUGGAGCUGAGGGCGCAGGCCUAGAUAAGUACUAUGUCACAAAGAGUGAAAUGAUGCUAAGGGAGACCUCGAGGACCAAAAGGAGUCCCCAAGCCUCGGUUGAAAUGGACGAAGAUGAGCGAUGGGCCCUCGAAUUUGAAGAGACGCUGAAGAAAAACAAGGAAUCUGAGGACGAUUCUCAUAGGGGCCGCGACCAUAAACACAAACAUAAGCACUCGCGUGCCGGUGUGUCCCAUGAACGGACGAGGCACCAGGACAGAGACUCCAGAAGGGACAAACUUGACGACAGGAAACUCCACCGGAGGCAUAGGCUCAGCUCAAAAAGUAGGAGUCGUAGCGAAAGCCGGGACCGAGAUCGGCGCAGGCGAGAACGUCGCAGAAGUCGCAGCAGCUCGGAAGAAAGAUACCACAGACACCGAAAGUCGAGUCGACACAGACGUGAAUCUCCAUGA